AUGAAAAUGCUCCGGUUUCGAAGCCCCAGCCUCCGAUCUUUGGACCAGGAGAUCCGCUGCACGAUCCGGCUCCUGGACGACUCGGAAAUUUCAUGCACCAUCCAGAGAGACACCAAAGGCCAGUUCCUGUUGGACCAUGUGUGUAACCACUACAACCUCCUGGAGAAGGACUACUUUGGGAUCAGAUAUGUGGACCCGGAGAAGCAGAGACACUGGCUGGAGCCGAACAAGCCAGUGUUGCGGCAGAUGAAGUCCCAGCAGCCUUACACCAUGUGCUUCCGGGUCAAGUUUUACCCCCACGAACCAAUGAAAAUCAAAGAGGAGCUCACCAGAUAUCUUUUGUACCUCCAGUUGAAGAGGGACAUCUAUCAUGGCCGCCUCCUCUGCCCUUUUGCUGAUGCUGCCUAUCUUGGAGCCUGUAUAAUACAGGCGGAGCUGGGGGAUUAUGACCCGGAGGAGCAUCCUUCAGAUUACAUCAGAGACUUCAGACUUUUCCCCAAACAGUCACUGAAGCUGGAGCGUAAGAUCAUGGACAUCCACAAGACUGAACUCAGGGGGCAGUGUGCAGCACUCGCAGAACUGAACAUGGUGCAGAGAGCCCAGAGCCUGGAGACCUACGGAGUGGACCCUCAUCCCUGCAAGGAUUUUACAGGGUCCACGGCGUUUCUGGGAUUCACAGCCACUGGAUUUGUGGUGUUCCAGGGAAACAAGAGGAUCCACCUGCUCAAAUGGGCUGACGUCAGCAAGCUCAAGUUUGAGGGAAAGACCUUCUACGUCAUCGGGAUUCAGAAAGAGAAGAAAUUAGUGCUGACGUUCCACACCUCAACUCCAGCCGCCUGCAAACAUCUGUGGAAGUGUGGGGUGGAGAACCAGGCCUUUUACAAAUGUGCAAAGUCCAGCCAGAUCAAGACAGUCUCCAGCAGUAACAUCUUCUUUAAAGGGAGCCGCUUCAGAUACAGUGGAAGAGUAGCCAAGGAGGUGAUAGAGGCCAGCUCAAAGAUUCAAAGAGACCCACCCGAGGUCUACAGAGCUCAUUUUGGACAGAGCCGAAGCUUCAACUCUCUGAGCCAUAAAAACCUCAUAAUGAACAUGGAGCCUCUGGUGCCAGCUCUGCCCUCACCGAGCGAAUACGAGGAGGCCGCUCCAGACACCAGUGCAGUUGCAGUGAAAGAGGUGCCCUCCUUGUCUCCAGUCAUACCCCUGUCUGUGGACCCCGAGCUCAAGCCUGACAGUGCAGCUCAGCCCCCUCCUCAUGUCCCCUCAGACACCUCCACCCUGCGCACUCAGGACAGAGAUGAAGAGGAGGAAGAGGAGGAGGAAGACAGCAGCCAACCACUCACCAUCUCUGAGCUCGUCUACAGCCCGUGUGCCAGCCUGCUGCCCACCCCAGUGGAGGACUCCCAAGGGGGGGUAGAGCUGCUCUUCUCAUCCCCGGUCCAGAGCCCCGCACGGCUGCUACGAGAGCUCCACGCUGACCCAGACAUCCAGGCUCAGCUUGAAGCUGAACGCGAGCGGGACAGAGCCUACGAGCGUACACGAUUGGCUGCCAGCAGGAGCGUGGGUGGGGUCCUGGGCCUGCUCUCAUCCAAUGAGAGGGUGCGGUCAUGUGUGUGGAGCGUGGUGCGCCUGGUUGCCGUGGUGAUGGGAGUGUUGUUGGUUACCGUGCCAACGCUGCUGCUGCUGUUGGAGUCUGACCUUGAUGUUUCGUUCCUCCAUGAGAUCAGACAGACCCCAGAGUUUGAGCAAUUCCACUAUGAGUAUUACUGCCCCCUUCGGAGAUGGGUGCUGUGCAGCAUCAGCAACGCCAUGGAGAGCCUCUGGUCUGACUAGAGACACUACUUCUACUGCUACUACUGCUAUUACUACUUCUGGUACUACUACUAUUAGUACUGUUACUAGUACAACUACUACUGCAGAAACAACCACAACGUCUGGCUCACAGCUCAUUCAGUCUUAAGCACAGUCUUAAAAUAAUAACAAUAACGAUGCGUUGGAUUAAACAGCGCCUUUCAUGAAACCCAAAACGCUUUGCCUUUUUAAAUGUAUUUGUAAUGCUUGAAUUUCAUCUCACCUGUAAGUGUUAUGACAAGAUUUAAAACAGUCAGUGACGAUAACAACUAGCCUGCUUUUACUUGUCUUGCACUUCCAGUUGAGAAGUUGACUGGAUCUCAGUGGAGCCCCCAUCCAUCUGCUCCCAUCAGCUGUUUUGCUCAUAACAUUGUGAAUAAGAGGCGGAUUGUCAAAGUGUUGUUUAGAUGGUGUAAAACAUCUUUAUGGACUCUAACCC